AUGGUAUUUCUAUAUGUGAGAGCCCUGGACUCAGAGGGAAGAGUUUUGGACUCUGAGGUAAGCGCCCUGGACUCGGAGGUAAGCACCCUGGACUCAGAGGUAAGCGCCCUGGACUCAGAGGUAAGCGCCCUGGACUCGGAGGUAAGCGCCCUGGACUCGGAGGGAAGAGUCCCGGAUUCGAAGGAUAGAGCCCCGGACUCGGAGGGAAGAGCCCCGGACUCGGAGGGGAGAGCCCCGUACUCGGAGGGGAGAGCCCUGGACUCGCAGGGGAGAGCCCUGGACUCGGAGGGGAGAGCCCCGGACUCGGAGGGAAGAGCUCUGGACUCGCAGGGGAGAGCCCUGGACUCGCAGGGAAGAGCCCUGGACUCGGAGGGGAGAGCCCCGGACUCGGAGGGAAGAGCUCUGGACUCGCAUGGAAGAGCUCUGGACUCGCAGGGGAGAGCCCCGGACUCGGAGGGGAGAGCCCUGGACUCGCAGGGAAGAGCCCCGGACUCGGAGGGGAGAGCAUCGGACUCGGAGGGAAGAGCCCUGGACUCGCAGGGAAGAGCUCUGGACUCGCAGGGGAGAGCCCCGGACUCGGAGGGGAGAGCAUCGGACUCGGAGGGAAGAGCUCUGGACUCACAGGGAAGAGCUCUGGAAUCGCAGGGGAGAGCCCUGGACUCGGAGGGGAAAGCCCCGGACUCGGAGGGGAGAGCACCGGACUCGGAGGGAAGAGCUCUGGACUCACAGGGAAGAGCUCUGGAAUCGCAGGGAAGGUCCCCGGACUCGCAUGGGAGAGACCCGGACUCGGAGGGGAGAGCACCGGAUUCGGAGGGGAGAGCACCGGACUCGGAGGGGAGAGCACCGGACUCGGAGGGGAGAGCCCCGGACUCGGACUGGAGAGCCACGAACUCGGACUGGAGAGCCACGAACUCGGACUGGAGAGCCACGAACUCGGAAGGGAGAGCUCUGGACUCGCAGGGGAGAGCCCUGAACUCGCAGGGGAGAGCCCCGGACUCGCAGGGAAGAGCCCCGGACUCGCAGGGAAGAGCCCUGGACUCGCAGGGAAGAGCCCCGGACCCAGAGGGAAGAGCCCUGGACUCACAAGGAAGAGCCCUGGACUCGCAGGGGAGAGCCCUGAACUCGGAGGGAAGAGCCCUGGACUCGCAGGGAAGAGCCCCGGACUCGGUGGUUUCUUGCACCAGUGCCUGA